AUGGGGAACGACCUUGGUAAGGCAUUGCAAGGAGCCGCUGAUGCCGUCAACAGCAGCUCAGGACAGCAAGGCCAGCAAGGCCAAUUGCCGUUCCCGAAUGCAUGGCCGAUCGGCGUGAACCCUGCAUUCCCGCCCCCAGCACCAGCACCACCCCAGCAGCAGUGGGAUCCAAAUGCCCAGUGGUCCACUACGAAGGGCCAGACAAACUGGGAUCCCAAUGCCCAGAACAAGAAGCAAUCAUGGGCGAAGAAAACGUGGGAUGACAAGUCAUGGCAGGGCUACAAGAAGGGCGGCUCCAAUGAGGGCGGGUCCAAUGAUCACGGCUCGGGAUCUGGUGGAUCUGGCGGCAGCAGCGAGUACCUGCGAGCAUGUAAGGCCUGCGGUCGAGCAGGUUAUCUUCGGAAUGGCCUAUGCCUGAACGAAGAAUGC